AUGUUCGGCGCGGCCGCAGCGCCGGCCAACCCGUUCGCCGCGACGCCAGCUACGCCCGGCGCGACGCCGGGCGGGCUCUUUGGGGCAGCUCCAGCGGCCACCUCCACACCCUUCGGCGCCGCAGCACCCGGGAGCAACCCGUUUGCCGCGACGCCAGCUACGCCCGGCGCGGCCCCGGCCGCGGGCGGGCUCUUCGGUGCGGCGACGCCAGCGGCUGCGCCGGCGGCAGCGUCCACCAGCCUCUUCGGAGGCGGCGGCGGCUUGUUUGGCGCGGCAGCGCCGGCGGCGACUGCUGCGGGCGGCACCGCGGCCACAACAAAGCCGGCAGCAGGCGGCCUGUUUGGAGGCGGCUCGCUGUUCGGCGCGGCGCCAGCGCCGGCCGCGGCGGCGCCGGCGGCGGGCGGCCUCUUUGGCGGCGGCUCCCUCUUCGGGGGCGCGGCCGCGGCGCCCGCGCCCGCGGCGCCGGCCGCCGGCUCGCAGUCGCUGCUGCGGCUGAAUGCGACGUACGAGCAGCUGCCUCGCGAGACGCAGGAGUGGCUCUCGUCGACGGAGCGGAAGAUACACGAGUGGCGCGCCGUGGCGGACCGGUUCCCGGCACCGGCCUCGCUCGACAUCGCCGCGGCGGACAAGCUCGCCGCCGAGGCUGCCCGCGAGACUGAGCUGCUCGAGCAGCGGUCGCAGCUCGACGCGCAGGCCCUAGUCGGCUACAAGGAGGCGGUGCAGCGCACGGUCUCUGAGGGCACCAGAUGGAGCGCGACCUUGCGCGCGGGGACCUCGCGGCGCGCGCCCCGGCGCUGCCCUCGCCUUUCUUCGAGGCGCGGCUG